AUUGAAAUAUGUAGAAGUUUGAAGCAAUUUGAGGUUUAAAUAUGUUUGAAUGCAAAAGUAAGCAAAAAUAAACGUUAUUAAUACCUGAUCUGUAAUUAAAUGUUCAUAUAAAACAGUUAUGUUUUCAGUUUUCUAACAUUCAAAAAUGGAAAGUAUACAUUCAGGUAACAAACAAAAAUCCACAAAAGGGAUAUUAAAUGACGAUGACAAUAUUGAAGAAGACAUACAUAAUAUAAAAGACGAAGCACAACAUCAAGAGGAUGCUAAUAAUAGUAGAUUGUCUAGUGAAGAGGUUAAGUCGAAAGCAGUAGUUAAAUAUUCUGUACCCUGCCCUUCAAAGUUUACCAAACUUCAGUGCAACACCGAUUUAAAUCUGCCUCCAUCAAAUUGGCUAAGUAGUUCUAUAGAUUACUAUGGAUUACAACAAGUACUCUAUCACCCAGGAGAAUUUUCAAGUUUUAGAAUGGCACAUAUGUUUCCUGAUUGUGUGGGAGAGGUCGAUGUGGUGUCAGAUGCAGAAAACAUCAAAAGGCUUCUAAAAAUUCCCUACCACAAAGGUACUGUCAGCAUGAUGGUACAUAGAGUAGAGAACACUUUACUUCUAGAUGAUUUUGACAUUUAUAAGCAUAUUCUCAGAACUGCUGAAACAGAAUGGGAAUGGCUACGUCGUUUUUUCUAUGAAAACAUUAAGAAUACAGUACAUAGCGAAGAAGCUUUUGACCGUACCUUAUAUUUUAAAAGUAAAAGUCGCAAAGCGCUAAAUCAAAAAAGCUUAGUCUCGAAAUUUCUUUAUCACAGUCUAGCUGACAGUGACGAGUGCAAAACUGUGGCCAUAGAUGAUCGAAAAAGUUAUCCUAUUGCCGGUCCUAUAUUGCCUGAACCGUCAAAAGAAAUUCCCGAUCCUUCACAGGACCACAAGUACAACAGGAACGUAAUAUGGACGUUUGAGGAUAUUCAGAUGUUGAUAGGGACUGAUAUGCCGAUUUUUGGAGGAGGUACACAUCCUUGUGUGUCCCUACGGCUACGUGAAAUGAGUAAACCAAUCAAUGUAUUAACAGGAAUCGAUUACUGGUUAGAUAAUCUUAUGUCGAAUGUUCCCGAAGUUGUUAUGUGCUACCAUUUGAAUGGGAUUGUCCAAAAGUAUGAGCUCAUAAAGACGGAAGACUUACCCCGGCUUGAUAAUUCGAAAUUUUCGCCCAGAGUUAUAAGGGAAGUUGCUAAAAGUAUAUUGUCAUUUUUAAAGUCGAAUGCCACGAAAGCUGGUCACACUUAUUGGCUUUUCAAACCCAAAGAUGAAGAUGUAGUAAAAUUGUACGAUUUAACAUCGUUAUGUACCAAGUACAUUGUAGAAAAGGAUGAAAAUCCUUUUACUGUACCUGUGGCUAUGCUUCUUUACCGUGUGGCAAGAAAUAUGAAACAUUCUUGUGAAAAGCAACAACCAGGAACCAUAAGAAUGCUCUUAAAAAACUGCAUCAAGCUCUUGUCAGAAGAAAAGUAUCCUGAAAUUGUUACUUCUUCCCAUUAUAUGCUCUCAGAUCUCUAUUUACCAGCUGGCACAGAUCCAGAAGCUCCAGGUUUCGAUAAAGCAUCAGAAUCAGAAUCGGAAAACGAAUUUGUAUAUGACGAGGACGAUGAUGAUGAUAAUGAUACCGAUUCUGCCACAAAAGUGCUUAUUUUGGACUCUGACAAUUUGCACGAUAAGUUUAUUAAUCAUUAUAAAAAGCCGCAACCGAUUUCUGGCACUGUGGAAGAGCGUUGUCUCCAAGCGGUGCACCACGUAGCACAGGGCUUAGCAUGCCUCAAAUAUUUCCCACAAGAUAAUAACGAAAAAGAAGUCUCUCAAACUUAUGAACAAGCCAAUAUAAAAAUACCCAAAUCUCACGAACCUAUUCCUAUGCCUUACGCUAGUUUAAAUGAAGAAACUGUCUCUAAGAAAACUAGCAAGAAAGCUAACAAGAAACGCAAAGAAAAAGUGAAAAAGUACGAAACAGCCCUUAUACCGGAUACGACAUCUCUCCAAAGUUCUACAAAUGCCCUUUUGCUCAAGAACAAAAUCGAGGCUCAGCCGUUACCAACCUGGCAAGAAAAUUACGAGAACAUAUCGUGGAAGCAGCAUUUGAAAACGCUUCUUUACGAGAAAAUUGUCCUUGUUUACGCGACCCUCGCCGAACAGAAUUAUCUCAACGGCAACUAUGGAAGCAGCCUGAGAUACUUGGGACUUCUUGUGAGAUGCCAUCAGGUAAUGCGAAGUCUCUUACACAACUCCAGCACCUUAAUGGAAAACUGCCUGCUUGGUCGCACGGGAGACUGUUGCAUUAUGAUGGUUCAUAAUUGGGAUAAGGUAGACAAGUACCAGAAUGAAUUUCACAAUCAAACUGAAGAGGAUCAAAAAAUGGUCGAGCAAAUUGAAAAGGACGAACAGUUUUAUGGGGUAAAUUACUUAAAUUUGAACGUCAAGUGCGUGCUGCUGUAUGACAUACGAACCGUAGAGCAAAUGCUCAUGAAGGGCGUGGAGUGUUACGAGGAAGCCCUCAAAUAUGACGAAUCCAGUAGCAUUCUACGACGUCUAGGUAACAGUCUCAAUGAACUUGGUAACUAUUAUCUAAAUCAAGUACAUACUUCUGACUCGGUGCCUUUUAUACUGGAAUGUUGCGAUAAAGCUGAGCCCUAUCUUAAACGUGGAUUAGAACUAUUUGAGAAGGUGAAAGAUGUCUCUAAUAUUGCAUUGUUAUAUGCAAAUUUGGGGCAUUUAAAUCGCGUUCUUGCCUUUGCCAAUUCUCCAAUUGAAAGGACCGAACUUACUGUUAAAGAAAAAGUCCAUUUUAAUAAAGCGUUUGUGAACUACAAGAAGGCCCUCCAGGUGCUCGGAGAGCGUUACCACUAUCCCUACGUUUGGGACUCUGUUAUGUGGGAUUUGUGCUCGACAUAUUUCACUUUAGGAACUAUUUUACAUGAGAACCCCAGCAGCAAAGUGAGUAGGACAGAGGCUGAAAAAGAAGUAACCGAAAUGUUCCAUCAAGCUCUGAAAUACUGCGAUUUGGACGAGAACAAUCCAAAAUUCGUUGCGUUUCAGCAAAGAGCCGCCUCGAUUCAUUAUCGUUUGGGAUCCCUUUAUCACAGCAGUGUCUGGAAUUACACCAAUGACAUCACUAAUAAGAAGAAUGCCGUACAUUUAGCAAAAUUACAUUAUAGCAAGGCAGCCGCAUUAUUUUACGCACUUCUUGAUGCCUUAAAUUUCCUCACAGUACAAAUGCAGAGGUUCGCAUUACUAGAAAAUUUAGGAGAAUCCGCUACGUCUUCUCAAACAAAGAUCAAUCAUUAUCACGACUGCCUCCAGAUUUUGAUCGAAGUUGGGCCCUUAAUAGAACUUAUAAUACGCAAAGAAAUAGAUGUUGACUGCACCGCGACAAAUGACAAAGACGAAGGCACAUCUUUUAAAAGUAUCAGUUCGCUUAUAAUGCUUCUAAAAGAUCGAAUACAAUUUGUCCUGAAAACUUUAUUAAAAUUAUCCAUUUCAAAAUCCACAUCUAACAAAGAUUACACAAAAUCGGUGGCUGUAUAUAAAGCUUGCUACAGCUUGACGCUAAGUUUAGAUAGCAAGAUGGACUUCGAAGAUUUCCUUGUUAAAUUGCACCAAGUGAUUACACAAAUUGAAAAGAAAAUUAAAUCUCUCAAAGAAGAAGGUGUCGGCUCUAAUUGACUGUUACAUUGUAAAGUUAUUGUUUUUUUAAUUUAUAUUUGUAAGAUAUUAUUUAAUAAAACACGUCUUAUUUAUCUCUAA